AACUCAAUGAUUCCCCCAACGGCACUCGGCAGCCACCGUCGCAGGCUCCCGGCGCCUCCUCCCGAAGUUCUACCAAGCUUUUAAAAAUCUCGACGCCUUUGCCGCCGCCUCUUAAAACCAAACCUCCACGCUCCACACUUCUCAGCCAUCGACACGAUACUACUGUUAGUAGCAGCAGGCAAGAGCCAAGAGGCAUCAGGCAAGGUCGCAAGGAUGCCACAGCUCGCUGGUAGCGGCCAGUCAAGGUCCAAGGUCGUCGCGUUCGCGGGCUCCGACGCCGACGCCCAAUGCAAUAUUAACACCGCCAGCGCCCACGCGGACUACGCGGACGGCUGGGGAGAGUUGCGCCGGAUUAGCUGGGCCUGGUCCGGGCUGGCCGGCGCCGUGCUGGAGCGGGCCGGGUCUACCAAGGGAAGCUCCAACCCCAAGACCACGGCGGCGGCGAAAGAGGAGACGCGCAGCAAGGGCGCGCCGAGGCCGAGGAGGCUGCCGGCCAUGGUCAUCGGCGUUCUGCCCGCGGGCAAGUUGGUCGUGGAGCAGCGGCGCUCCCCAGCUCCAGGCCGCGGCUGGCGCCGGCCCGCGGGAGGGGCCAGGGUCUUCGCGAGCGAGGCCGUGGAGACGACGGAGCCCGUGUCCCCGAAGGUGUCGUGCUUUGGGGCUGUACGGUCCGAGGCCGAGAGCCGUCCGACGGCGCCUGCGCCGGCACCGCGUGGGGAAGACGCGCGGAGCGGGUGCUGGGCGAGUGUCGCUUCCGCGCUCCGUGCCUUGUGCCGCACCGACGACAAUGGUCCCGAAGGUGAAAUUUGGGCGAGUGAGUUAUCGACGGCCACGGCGUUGGAGUACUUAGAGUCACCGACGAAAGUGGCCGUUCUGUCGCCGCCGCGCACGGUUUUGGGGCUGGGAGAAGUGAAGCGCCUUGCUUCGCGGCGGUGGCCGGACGGCAUGGCAGGAGAUGGGCGGUGCCCGCCGGUUUGAAUCGCUUGACGUUGCGUGCUUCGGUCGUCGGGAGGCACGAGAACAGUUGUACAUCCACGGACCACGGUUGCCCAGGCACCGGUAGUCCGCUAGCCAAGCCAACCCGUGCUAAAAAAAAACUCCAUCUUUUGAUU